AUUAAAGCCACUUUGUGUCUGUGUAUGUGUACAAAAACACCAGCUUUCAUCAUUUCUCACUAUUGAUUGUACUCCAUUUUCAUGGUUGUAGACUACAACAAAGCCAUAUAUUGUCCAUAUUGAUCCCGUUUCACAGAUAUCAGAAACCGUUUAUCCGUGACUGAGUUUUAACCAUGGAAUAUUAAGACUUAAACUGAAAUGUGAGAAAAUAACAGCAUGCUGGGUCUGUAAAAAUAACCGUAUAAUCAAGAAUUGAUAGUAUUGACAUGGAGUUACUUGACGGGUCUAGGUGCUCCGCAGACCCACCUGGCAACAGUACGUCCAUGGAGACACUGUUGUCACGACGACCGUGAAACAAUUAGCAUUCUCAAAGGCUGCUAGCGUGACCAUCUUUAACUUUGGCCGAAUUAAGGUACACCAGACUCAUGGAAGCAGAGAACUCAAGACAGGAAACUUUGGGACCAUCUGGUGCAACACAGCUUCCAGAGAGCACCAACUGUCUUGCAUGCUCGGAAGACGGCAGGUUCCUCAGUCUGGGUCACUCCCAGGGCUUGUCUGUGUGGUGUGCGUCUUCUCUGACCUGUGUUGCAGACUGGCUUGAGGACAGACUGGAAAUUACAUGUAUUCAGAUGAACAGAAUGGCUGAGUUGGCCUAUCUACUUGGCACAAUUGAUGAUAUGGGUGUUGCCAGAGUCUUUGCAUAUCACUGUGACAGCAUUCACCUCCUCAGUGUUGUUAACAUCAUGGAAGAUAUCAACAAAAGGAGCAUUUGUUUGACCUUUGAAAUAUCUCAAGGGGGACAUUAUGGAGCUGCAUCAAUCAGUUGCAACGGUGCUGUUUGGCUCGAAGUCUAUCGCUUCCCAACAGAAACCUGGCUGAAGGAGUUAGAGAUGGCAGUGUCACAGACGCAGGAACAAAACUCUUCUGGAGAUGAGGAUGUGAAAUGGUCUCCAUUGUCAGUGGCAACUAAAAUAAAGCCACCCAAAAUUCCAGAAGGGACGGCAUUGGAAGGUCCAGGCGAGGUGCAGACCACAGACUUUUUGACACAUUAUUUGGCUGUGGACAUAGUCACCAAGCGUCACCGACACUCUUUGAAUACAAAUGAAGAAAAAUCAAAAGAAACAAAUGAAAGCCUGAGACGUUGCACCCAGCACUUUCUUCUGCCUUGUGGUCAGUUUCCUGGGGACGGUAAAGAAAAGUCUCAGCCAGAAUUGCCCGUUGCUGUCUGUGUGUGGUGGAGUGGCAGUCAUAAUCUUUUUCAAUAUUUGCUGAAAAAAGCACCAACGAGCAAACCAGAUGCCGAACCCAUGCCGGAUGUGUUGUGGCCAAACGCGAAGGAAAUCCUCUGCUCUGCUGUUAGUAGAUGCAACUGUUACAUAGCUCUUGGACUGGAUAAUGCUUUAGUGUGUGUCUGGGACCGACGAUCUGGGUCUCCAUUGUCUGUUGUCAUAAUUUCAGCAGCAGACAGUGCCUUCUCCAGGAUGCAAUUUGUGGAUUACUGGCCUGCGUGUACUGAUGAUUCCCAGACUUUUCCUGUAGCAGAGGUCCAUCUUUUGGUGGUGUGUAAAAGUGGAGCAAUUCACACAAUCACCACAGGACAAGGGACACAAUCCUGCGCAAUGCUGCUCACUGAAAGGCCAAAAGACAGUGGGGACCUCUCAACUAUCACUGCAUCAGUGCCAUUCCUGCAGGGCUUGUUCCUUCAGGUGCAAAGAGAUGGAAAAAUGUUCCUCCAAGAUGUCAUCAACAAACAAACUGUGUGCUUUUUGAUGCCUCCUAAAACCCAUCUGAUUGCUACCUCUUGCAACCCUGUUUAUGCUCUGAACAGCCAACAGCAAACUCUGCUCAUACGAGGUGAUCAGGACCCCAGCUACAGAGCAUCCUCUAAAGAAGACAGUCAGAGUCAGCUUUUCAUCUUCCAUUUUGGAGAGUCUGACAUCCUUAAGCAGUAUAUUGCUUCACCUCCAGAUUCUCCUCGACAAAAAACACUGAGCUUUGACACUUUAGAGGAAACCUGCAAUCUCUACCUUCAGCAAAGAGCACUGUGUGUGGAUGAAAGGAACAAAGCAAUCACCCAAACAUGGAAGAAGCUACAGGAAACUGCAGUGAUGGCACAACAGGGACACAGCAGAGCUGCAGCCAGCUGAAGUACUGCAACAAAUGGUACAGUCAUGUAUCAUUUAUGUAGCAAAAAUAAAAAAACAUUGAGGAAAUUUGA